AUGAUUGUUUAUCUUAUUGAUGAAAAUGUUUUAUAUGAUAAUACAACAAAAAAAUAUUUAUGGAAUCAAACACUAGUUAAAAAAAGAGAUCAACGAUAUUAUGAUAUAAAGUGUUUUAGUGAUGAAUUUAAUAAUGGUUGUCAAAAUUUUAAACAACAAAUAUGGGCAUAUUGUGAAAGUACUAAUGAGAAAAGUGGUUAUUCAAUAUUAAAACGUCAAUUUUUAUUAACUAUUGAAAGACUUAAAUCUCUAUAUCUUUAUUAUGGAUCAUGUUGUUGGGCAAAUUCAUCGAAUAAAAAAUUUUAUUUUAAUUUAUCCAUUGAAAGUGAUUUAAUUCGAAUGGAUUCAUCACCUUAUCCAUAUAUACCAGUAUCAUAUUAUGUUACUUUUAAUAAAUCUACUAUAAUUAAAAUCUUUGCCGUCAAUGUUGAUGGUGACGAAGUCUCAUGUGAACCUUAUCAAGAAGAUUUUAGUGGAUUUUUAACUGUAUAUGUUGAUAAUCAUUGUAAAUUAAAUUAUAAAACUAAUCAACUUGGUAAACAAUAUGGUCAAUUUUGGUUAAUGGAUCGAUAUCAAAAUCGAAUAUUAUCACGUUCUCUUAUUAGUAUUCAAGUACAUGUUCAAGAAAAUAUUCUUUGUAAUAAUCAACCUGAAUUAAUUCUUCAAAAUAAAGAUAAUCAUCAAACAAUAACAGAAAUAACAACUAUAUGUACUAAUAAUCAACCAAUUAUUUUAGCUAAUGAUGGAAUUGAAGUUCUAUUUCACUGUCAAUUAAAUUUAUAUGAAAUAUAUCAAAUAUGUUUUGUUGGUGAAAUUGGUUUCAAACUUCCGGCGACUAAUAUUGAAUGUUUUUCUAUUGAAGUAAUUGGUUCCAAAAAUGAAUGUAUCAAAGCUGCUAAUGAAUAUGAUUUUGAUAGGCCCUGUAAUCGUCAUUUUAUUAUAGCAGAACCAAUAUCUCAAGAAUCGAUUAAAAUAAAAUCUUUAUCAGAAUCUCAAUCUCGAAGAUGGCUUUGGAUUUUAUUCGUUCAUCUCACUUUUCUUUUAGCUGGUAUUAUUGUAUAUUGUGGUUGUAAACAAAUGUUAUUAUUAUUUUAUGAUGAUUCGUUACGUAAGCAAUCUAAAAGAAAUCGCAUUCGAACUAUUAUGACUGAACUUCGGCCACUCGUUGUACAGCGUAAUACAAAACUAACUGAAUCUUUGCUACCUAAACAUGAAUAUAUAGUAUCGAAGAAUGAAAAAGUUAGAAUACAACAUUUAAGACUAGGACCAGUUGAUCAUCCAAAUAAAUUAAUUUAA